UCGAUAUGAACAUCAGCAUCAACUAUAAAUAAAGCACAUGAUUUUUUUCUUACAACAUUCUGUCUAUAGACGUUUACCAGGUAGCAACUAGUCACUUCUUCACCAUGAAACUGUUCAUCGUACUUGCUGUGGUAGCCUUGUCUAGCUGUGACAAGCUAGACAACACCUACCUACCCCCUUCCUACGCCCAAAGUUCUGGCGGUGCCAACUUCCUUGAUACACCAAACUUUGGAUUGAGAUCUUCUGAUUCCGCAAACUUUGGUCCUUCCAAUAACGGUCAAUACAACACUUAUGAUAACAAACAAGCUAAUAUUAACCGAGAUGGUAACAAUUACAAUGCAUUUGGACAACAAGAAAGAACACAAGCGGCUUUUGAAAGGAAUGCCGCUAUUCUUCGUCAGGAAAAUGUGAAUGAUGGAGAUUCGUAUUCUUAUGCUUUUGAAACUGAAAACGGGAUCACUGCUGAGGAGAAUGGUGUAGCCACGAAUGGUGUAGAGGCGCAGGGAGGUUUUUCUUAUAUUGGUGAUGAUGGCGUGCAGUACAGCAUUAGGUACACAGCUGACCAAAAUGGUUUCCGUCCUGAGGGAGCCCAUCUGCCUACUCCACCACCAAUCCCUGCUGAAAUCUUAAAGGCUCUCGAACAAAACGCGAGAGAUGAAGCCGCUGGCAUCUAUGACGAUGGCUCAUACACUGAAGGUAAAUACGAGAACGACUCCCAACAAGUCUAUGAUAACUACAACGGUGGUUCAAACGCUAACACCAUAAACAACAUUCCUCAAAAUGACGACACCAUCGUCACUGACUCUGCUGCGUUCAGAACCCAGAAUGGUAUUCCAGAACAGGACUUCCAGAAUCCCCAGGUGACUGGAGCCAAGACUUAUUUACCUCCUAGAGCUGGUGGUAGAUACAGAUAUUGAAUAGACUGGAAUUGACACGGAUUUAGAGUUAAUAAAUUAUAUUUUUUAGA